GUAAACAUGGGAGCCAAUAUCACAACCAUGACGCGGCGAGCAUGGCGUCCGCAACAACCCUUAGAACAGUGUUAAAAACCUGCCAUUUACACGUCUCCAUCUGAAGGAUUUAUGUUUUAGCGUCUACCAUAUCCUUGCUCUAUGCUUCGACAGUGAGGAUGGAAAGCUUCGAUCGCCACUACCGUGCUCCAUCAUAAAGAAGAGAAUACCAAACGCCUUCUGUGUACAUCCGGGAGUCACCAGCUUCCUCCUUGGUUAUCGACUAUUUGAAAGAGGGUUGGAUUUUACUGCCGAGUUUGGAUGAGAAGGAACGUAAAGCAUCAUCAUGUUUUCUCCUAUUUCAGUAGGAGCGUAUCUCAUACAGAAGAUAACUGGUGGGGAAGAUGCGGAUGAAGAAGGAGGGGAUGCUGAAAGAGAGGAUUCCACUGAGAGGAAUAACCACAGUAGCGGAAGUGAUUCUGAUGAAGGAACGUCAGCGGACACCCCUGGGCCUGGAGUGCCUGUAAAUCGAGCAUUGACACUGGAGGAAGUCGACUGCAGCCCCAUCAUUGAAUCGGAGAUGAUUUCACCACAUACAGCGGCCAAUGAGUACUCGUUCAAACAGGACGAGUUUGCGGCCCGGUUGGCUGUACUCCCUCAAGCCGAUAUUGCAGGGGAGGACACAAUGACUUCAUCAUCAGAAAACCGAGAUUGUAUGGCUGAUAGAGAUACAGGCGGCUUACUAAAAGACUUUCAGUCAAGUGAAGAAACUAUACCGCGGGAUAUAAAUACUCAUACGUUGCAUCGUCAUCAGGAAAACGAAAUACCAUCUCAAAGUGGACUGCGAGAUAAUGAUACGACAGCUAUAAAUACUCCAUUAUCCGACGGCUAUUCUGAAACAGCCGCUUAUGAUCAUAGCGAGUUACACAUUGACUCUGAUCCGGAAUCAGGGAGUGAUUCGUCUAAUACGAGUGGUGAAACAAUGUCAACUGUGAAAGAAAACACUGAAAACCGUGAUUUAGAAGAUCCUGGUGAUGGUAAUGAAUAUAAUGAUAAGGGUAAUGAAUAUAAUGAUACGCGCAAUGAACCGGCACUGGAUCACGUGUACAUCGCCCCUGAUCUCGAAUUCCCAUUCCAUAAAAGCACAGUGCAACUUGAUCCAGUUGAUUUGAACACUAUUUUAGAAAACAUGGAUAAGAAAGCAGCACUUGAACCACAGAAACAACAAGAAGGAAGACACACUCCAAAACCAAUUACAGAUGACGAACUAGAAAAUGCAUUGAAAAUCCUUCGCAGUGGAAGACCUCCAGCACAGAGAUCCUGGUAUAGCCUGGACAACAUCUCCAAACCAAACCGGACCUUUGCUCUUUAUUACGCCAAUGGAGAGUCAAGACGCAGGAGGAAUUCAUCAGAUGAUGACUGUAUCAGCUUACCAGAGAAAAAUUCCAUACUUGGAUUUCCGAAACCAGAUGAACAAAGUGCUCUAUAUUAUGUUAAUGACCAAUGGAGAUUUGAUGAGUUGCACAUUCCAGACACACCGUCGGAGGAAGAAUUUGCCUUGCCAGGUUCCACAAAUGCUCCAGAAAUUGUUGGUUCCAACCCCCAAAAUCCUUUGGAAUUGACACUGAUAUCAGAUGAAGAUGUGCUACCUUCGCCCCCUUCUGAAUUGGAUGAAACGCUGACCAAUGAACUGAUCCAAGAAAUACCACAAUUUUCCAAGCCAUCUGGUCAAAAGACAAUUCCUAAAGCAAUCGUGAAGUCGUCUCCCGUUGUUUAUUCCACACCAUCCCCAGAAAUAUCGGUCGGUCCUUUGGAAGCACCACUUAACCCGAACCCGAGCAACGUUCCCCGUGGCAGCGUGCAUUCCGUCAGAGCUUCUGUAUAUCCCGUAACUGAAAGACCUACAUUCUUUAUGCAUUCGGGAGCAACCGAUGAACAGGUGGACCCGAAACCAGAAAGUCCAUCAACUGUUCCAGAUGAGUAUCCCAAGUCCCCUGAGCCGUACAUUGCUGCUAGAGUAAAAUAUCCACAAACAGUUCAUCCUCGAAUUUCACCAAAGCAAAAAAUAUCCAAACACAACAUUGCAGAGACAGAGCAUUAUCCAGUGCUAUCAAUGAAACAAAAAGAGAUUGAGUUUGCAGAGCUUGAGAAUAUAUUGCCUGAAAAGCCAAAAUAUCCACCACUUCCACCCAAACCAAGUUUUCUCAAAAGAAAAGUUGAGGAAAAACCUAUCGCCCCAUCAUUGAUAACUCAAGAAGAAUCUUGUGUUGAUCUCUCUAGUUUAGAAGCUAAACCCUCUAAUAACAAAGAUGAGUUGCCAAUGUCCCCUGAACCAUACAUUUCAGCAUCAGUCAAACACCAGGGUGUCUUUAAUUUACCUUCAUUGGGAACCCCAAUAGCAAUGAAAGUCCAACCAACGUACAGAGGAGCGGUAAUAGUUGACGAACAAUAUCCAGUAAUUUCAAUAGCUCAGAAAGAGCUUGUCAUGUCUGAGCUAGAGAAUCUUGUUCCCAAGCGAAAGAUUCCCCCUAAAGUGCCUCCGAAGCCAAGUUUCCGAAGGAGAGUUGAAGUUGAUGAGAAACCCGCUGUUCCAACCAAAGUCCAAAUUGUUCAAAGCUCUAUUGACUUGUCUAUCCUCGAGAGACGAGAGCCAUCAAAGGAAACUCUACCAGAACUUGAGCAACAAAUGGUGACCGCCCACCACCACACAGAAGAAGAAACAACCAAUGAAGAUGAUGUUGUGAUAAUUCAGGCAGGAAUUUCUGUUUAUCGUCGACCAUCUCAUGAAGAAUUUCCGGCACCACUACAAGCACGAUCUCCGUCCUUGCAGAUAUCAGACGUUGGUGAAGUGUCAGUUAACCCUACUGCUAACAACGAACAUGACACUAAGCCAAGUUCUGUAAUGACAUCUACAACAGAAGGUGUGAGGAGAAUGAGCGCUUCACUUUCUAUGCACCGUCUGGAGUCUGGAGAGCAUUUAAUGGAAACUGUGGUAUCCAUCCAUGAACAUGAAGAUGAAGAUGAGCAAAUUGCAGAACCAGAAACUGAAGAUUUGCCAAGUGGUGUGAUUGAUGCUGAUGAGGAUAAGGAAAAUUUAAACGGAUUGUCGGACAGUGAGCGGGAUGGCAGCAGGUCUGGUACUGAAGACAGCACCAGUCGUCUGGUUCCCUGCCUUUACGAGCGGACUCAUUCAAGGGGUCCAGACUUCCACUUGCAGCAUCUGCCAGCGACUUUUCGCUCGUCGAGCUGUUCCUCACCAGACGAAUUUUUAACCGUGGCGGAUAUAACUAUGCGUAAAAUGGAGGCAGCUAAGAAUACACAUCACCUUGAAGAUUCAUCGUCAACAUCUAUAUCAAGUGACUCUGACUCGUCUGGGUCGAUUGAUUCUGAUGACAGUAGCUUUGAGUCCGCUGAAGAGCACACGUAUGUCGUUACUGAGGAGAGUGAGGAUGUCUUUGAAGGUCAUUAUGAUGAGGGUCAUAGGUCAUCUCUACCUCAGGUCAUUGAAGAGGUAGACGAGGAAGAAGAAGAAGACGAAGCAGAAGAGGAGAGUGGAGAUAGUAGUGAUGAAGGCGAAAGUGUGAAUGAAGACAAGCAGGGAUUUAAGAUGGACCUACCCGAUGAACAUACACAUGAUACUGAAAAACAACAAGAGGAGAGCAGUCCAAAUGAAAAGGAUCCUCGGGUUUCACAAACUCCACAAACAGAACAAUCUGAAUUAACAGAUGCAAACAAUCUCGACAACAUUCCAGUUGCAGUGCAACGGUACCCUCGAUACAUUUCUAUAGAUAAAUCUGACAUUGAACCACACGCUGAAUAUGCAUUGAGUAAGACCGUGGAUUUGGAACGUCCCCCUCAACCCAAACCUUGGGCGUAUCCAGAUGAAAGUGUUCCUGAGACGGCCCUCUCUAAUGAGGAGGAUACAUCCUCCGGGAAUGAUGAGCCACAGAAUGAGUCAGAAUUGGACAAGGAGUCUGAAAACAGUGAGCAAAUGGAAGAGGACUAUUCCGAAUAUUCCGAUGAGCCAGAAUGGCAACCUCCUCCACCAUCUUCUGGUGCUCGCGUAUUUGUUCUUACAGCAAAUAUGUUCCGUCCUACUAGAGUGGAGCCACAGGCUGACAAACAAGAGACGUCAAAGUCAAUUCAAAAUCCUCCCCAGGAAAGAACCGGAGAUGCUGUCAGAGAUGAUGCGUUUGAACGAGAUGUGAAGUAUAUCGAUGAUAAAGAGUAUAAAGAGUAUGAAGAGGAACUGCAGAACAUGGUUGGCCCAAACAACCACGAGCUAGAACCAGAUAGAUACUUCAAACCAAUUUCAGAAGUCAUGCCCUCUGCAUCUGAAUCGAAUGUACAGGAGAAACCUAUGCAUAUCAACGAUCCAAACCGCACUCCUGAAAAUAGCAGUCAACACGGAGAAGCUAAACCUAAAGAGGUGAACUCUGUCACGGUGACAUAUACCGUGAUUCACACAAGGAAAACACCCACGCUAGACCGUGAGAUUCCAUCAUCACCAAGCGAACCACGAUAUGAAAACUUUCCAGUGAGAAACAAAGAUAUUGAUGAAUCAACCCCAGAGUUUGAACCAUAUAACAGCGAAACCAAUUCCAUUGAAUCAGGAAAGCCGGAGGAAAAUGGAACAAAUCAUUCUGACAAUGUCCCAAAACAUGAGUCUGAGGUCGACAAAUUUGAUAACAAGACAGCGAAACAAGAACCACUUUCUUCACAAGAUGCAAGCACUGAUGAUCACCUUAAAAGCUCCAAGUUCAUUCCCGUGCAUGAGGUUGGGCCAUACAACUACACUUCCUCAGAACCGAAAGAACAUAAACCAGGAAACCGUGAAACUAUAGUAAGGAAAACUGAACUGAACUCCGGUGUAUCUGUCUUUUCAGUUUCGUCUAGAGAGCAGAGACCACAGAGACAGCCUUCAACAAGACGAGAUGAUGGAGCCGAACCCGAGGAUUCAGGUCCAUACCGAUUCGGUUCUUGGUAUGAAGAGCCGACUGAAGAGGCUCCUGCUAUGGCGAUUGCAUUGGUAAAACGUGACAUCAAAUUGCCGAGUGACAACCUACCAAUCAGAGAAACAGUCUCAAAACCCAACCCAAAACCUAAGGUUGAACCCGUUGUAGUUAACACUCAACCAACAUCUCCUCUUAAAGAGGGUCCAUACAAAUAUUCAGCUUGGUACGAAGCCCCUACUGAAGAAAAUGAGGAGAGUUCGAAUGAUGCAGUCGUUGGGGAAACGUUCGUCAGACCUGAGCCUAAACCCGAGCCUAAACCUGAGCCAAAGGUUGAACCCGUUGUGGUUAACACCCAACAAACUUCUCCUCUUAAAGAUGGUCCAUACAGAUAUUCCACUUGGUACGAAGAACCCAAAGAAGAAAAGAAGGAGAGUACUGAUGAUGUAGUUGUAAUUUCUUCAUACGAUGCAAAUGACCCGAACUCACCUCAAAAGCAAACACCCCUCUCGCCUGUCAGAGAGCCAGGGAGCUACUCGUACAGCUCCUGGUAUGAAGAGCCUACCGAUAAACCAAAAGAGGACUUCUUUGUCCUUUCAACUCCAAUUGUAAGUGAUGACAAAUCAGACUCUGUCACGUCGAAGAAGAAAAGCUCUGAUGAUACACGUUCGAGGCAACGGUACAGACCAAGCGAUCUGGACGAUGUUCAACCAGAAAAGAUCGAAGAACCACAGGAAGAGGAUACUUUUGUUAUUUCAAAACCAUCUACUGAAACAUCACAGCUUCCAAGAAAACCCGAUACCAAUACGAGACAGGAGAGACUCCUGCGUGAGGCUCUCGCAAGAGAAUCCCGCGAAAUGCAGUAUGAAGCACAAUACAAAUACAGUACUUGGUAUGACGAGAAACCAGCUUCAUACGAGCCGAGUGACACCUUUACAAUUUCUAGAACAACUGAGGAAACAACACGUAGUGCACCUGAUGAGACGAAACGAGACUCUCGUGAACGUCAAUUCGCAGGACAGUACAUUUACAGCACUUGGAGUGAGAGCACAUCACCAACAAAGACUUCUGAAACAUUCACGAUUUCCAGACCAGAAGAAGACCCAAGACCAUUGACGUCUGGCUCUGGCGACGACUUGUAUUAUCCUAGAGAAGAAACCUCUCGUACUGGUUUGGUCGUCACAGAUCCAACGGGAAGAAAACCAUCAGGGGACAGUAUCUCCGGAAGCUCAUCACGGAUUAACAGUAACAGCAGCAGCCGGACCUCUGGUUCCCUUGCCGAUGUAAGCGCAACAUCCGGAGAGGCCAUGAGACGGACGUGGAGUGAUGACUCAGAGAACGCCAGCGGUGAUGAUGCCCGUGGUGAUGAUGCCCGUGGUGUAGGAAGCCAAAACUCUCCUGUACCAGUAGGUAGAAUGAACACCGUACAACCUCCUCAGCCGAAGCCUCGUCUAAGCAAACCCAGCGUACCUUCCAGCAGUGAUGACGAACAACAAGCUAAGCCGAGGAGGCCAGGUAGAGGCGAAGCAAGGGGGCAAGAGACUCCUCGUACCGUAGAUGAAACACUGAGUUCAAAAGCUGAGUAUGCUUUAGUUUCAUCAGCGUGGAAACCCGUGGGAGAGACUGUCCAACACUCAGGUGAGAGUGUAGUAUGGGACUCUGGAGAUGAUAGUAGAAUGACACGUGGUAGAGAUCGUAAGGAUCAGAACAGCAGGUAUUCAGUCACAGAUAAGUCAAGGCGGGAAAUCGAGAACAUGCUGGACUCACUCGUCCCAGAUGAUGAAUUUCAAGAUGACACAUCUAAUGUAUCGUAUAAUAUUCGGGGAGACCAUAGUUUGCCACCACCUCAACAGUUAAACAAAGGUCAUGGUUCAACAAGUCAGUGGAGGCAAGACAGUACAAGGAGUUAUAAUGCUCUACCACAAGCUGUAAACGAACAAACAUCUUACAUGUAUAAAGAAACACGCACGCAUUUCACUUCUGAACCUCACAUUAGUAUGGGCCAAGAACCGGAUUUCCCUGAACCCAUUUUGGCAGCGCAGCCACAAAGAGGCGAAUCAGCAACAACACAUCCUUCAAACCGACCUGGAAGGCAUAAUGUUUCAAGGGAGGUGCCUGAUGUUGCUCCAUUAAGCUCCAGAGAUGAAUACAAGCUUGCAGCUGCUUCAUGGGAGAAUCUAUCAACCGCCAGUGAUAAUGGGACUCGUCGUGCUAAAAUGGAGACGUGGGAUAAUGACCCUGAUGCUGUAAGUGCCCAGCAAAGGGGACAUUCUUUACCGUUAGCGGGGCGUCAGAGAUUUCAAUCUGCAGAGCCGGCUCCGAAUUUGCCCGAAGAAGCAUCUCUACCUCCUCGUGGCCCUAAGAGAAACGGUUUAGUAAUCGCUGCAGACAUCCACGCACCAUAUGCACAACCAGCGCCAGCUACGCAACACUUAGGAGUUCAUAUGCUGAGUGCAAGUUCCUCAUCGAAUGCUGAAUUGGCACCACCUCCCCUUCAAGAUUGGGGUACAUCCCGGAAAGCUCACAGUGUAUUAGGAAUCAAUCAACCACCGCCGAAGAAGAAGGCAGUCUCGAAAUCUGUAAUACCUGAUGCGGAAGCUAUACAUAGGCAUCGACAUCGCCCCCCUGCAAAAGGUCUCCGCCCACCGCCUACAGGUGCCAGGUCUGGUCGGCCUUCAUCACCCGUCUCAGUCUCGAGUUACUCCAGCACCCAGUCACUACCAGCCAGGAUAUUGCCUCGUCUACCCCAUGACAACGAGUUGGAGAAACUUAAACACCAACUUGUACUCAUCAGCAAACAGAUUGAAAUCAAAACAGGUGAACUUAAGCAGAUUAAUCUACUAAACCCAUCCAUUAGAUAUCACAUUCCAAUAAGAGGUAGCCGGGGAGAGCUGAUCAGCCCAGAUGGCAGAAUUCUUUCAACCCCAGAGGCCCCUAAUAAGAGAGAGCUAGAAAAGUACAAGAAGUUCUUUGAUCGUCUCCCGGAGCCCGACUUCCGAAGAUUGAUGCACGAGAUACUAGAUUUUAAGAAUAAAGUCAGACACAAGGAGGAAGAGAUAAAAAGACUGACUAAUCAGUGUACUGGAUUAAGGAAAAGACUCCUUUGGCUUGCCAAACACGAAAAAUAAAAUAAAUACACAAAGUGCCACUUAGUUGUAUUAAAAUGUGCCACCGUGCACCCGUCGGUAAUCGAAACGCAUGAUUGAUAGUCAUAUUUUUAGCAGCAGUAUGAGGAAAUGUAAAAUGUCAUUCAAACAUGUUAUGUUCAUCAGGGAAAAAAAGAAAUUUAAUUUAUCACAUUGUUUUAUAGCCAUAAUAUCCAAAAAUGAAAUUUAAUUGAUUACGUUGUUUUAUAUAACCACAAAAAGUAAUAACCAAUAUUUUAAAGAUGGCAAUCAGUUCAGAAGGUUAUAUAUUUUGAUAAUGUGAACCAUAUAAAUAUUCUUCAUCUGAGUGUUACAUACAAUGCUUUUUACAUUUCAUUUGCACAGAAUUAUGUCAGAAUAGCUGACAAAGUUAUAAAAACAACGGCAACUGUGAGAGAGAAAGAGAGUAAAACGCAAACAACAUCAGGGUCAAAGUUCAUAGAGCUGCUCAUAUGUACAAAAGCUAGCUAAGCACAAAAGAUAUGCCUACCAGAAAAAGGUUACCAGG